GUAUUUAUCCCAGCUAUCUGUGAAAUCAUCUGUCUUUCGAAAUCCUACGGUAUCGAAUCGCUCCGACAGCUCUUGUUUAUCCUGCCUAGCUACCUAUCGCACCUUCACCCCUCAAUCAAAGCUUGAACGAAGCGUCAGGCACAACAUCGAUCCCACAAUCAGUAGCAGCGCAACUACUUCAUCAACUUAUACAAAAUGACUCUCUACUACAGUCUUGUCUUCUGCCUGUUGGUGUUUGAGAUGGCGGUCUUCAUGGGCCUCAUCAUCCCUCUUCCGUUCACUGUGAAGAGGAAGCUCUUUGCCUUCAUCUCAGAAAGUCCUAUAGUGGCCAAAUUACAAUAUGGGCUGAAGAUCACAUUCAUCUUCAUCCUCAUCCUUUUCAUUGACAGCGUCAACCGCGUCUAUCGGGUGCAGCUAGAGUUGGCUUCCUUCAAGGAGGGCGGUCCCAUGGGCGCCGCCGCCCUUGGCACCGACCGCAUGGAAGUCCAGGCCCGCAAGUUCUACUCGCAGCGCAACAUGUACCUGUGCGGCUUCACUCUCUUCCUGUCUCUCAUCCUCAACCGCACCUACACCAUGAUCCUUGAGGUUCUUCGCCUGGAGGACCGCGUCAAGCUUCUGGAGGGCGACAAGCGCGCUGGUGGCAAGGACUCCGCUCGUCUCGCGCAGGCCGGCGAUGUCGGCGAGAUUGGUCGUCUCAAGCAGGAGCUCGAGGCUAAGGACCGUGACAUUGAGACUCUGAAGAAGCAGUGCGAGGGUCUCACGGCCGAGUACCACAAGCUGGGUGACCAGGUCUCCGCUGGCAACAAGGACGUCGCUCCCAAGAAGGAUCUGUAAGCGAAGGACAAGGCGCAACCGCAACCGCAACGUGCAAUAAUCUCAACGAUUUCUUGCCGAUGAGUGUUGCGAACUGGGUGGAGGAUCGGAGGUCAAAAUCAGGGAGACGGCAGAUAAGUGGGGAUAGAUAAGGGGCAGGACGGGGAACACAAGCAGUUAGGAAUCGCUUUGCUCCGCGAGACGUGAUGAUAUUCAUUAUCUGCAUCUCUGGCGAAAGCUUACCUAAUUCCUUUUUUUCGGUUUCGGCAUUGAGGAGAUUCAAACUGUGAGGGCUGAGCGAAGUGGCAUUUCAUCUUUUUCCAAGGUCUAUCAUCAUUGUUCCUGGCUAAGUGGUCAUCUGUGAGCAUCGUGUG